AUGCUCCGCCUCCGUGCGCAACCGGAAAAGUCACAGCCGAAACCUGUGAUCUCCGUGCGCGAUCCUUGGCCUGUCCGGCCGAGGCUCCGUGCCGGGCAGGCAUUGCCUGUCCGUCCCGGGUUGCCUGGCCGUGUCAUGCCUUUGCUUGUGUGCGAUCCUUUGGCUGCCUUCCAACAGUAA